AUGCGCACCCUUCCUGGUCCAUCUCCCGGCGAACUUAGUGCCCCACCUGAGCUGGGUGCCACCAGCAAAGCUGGAGCAUCAGCACCGAUGGAGGUGCCAUUCUUCUCGGAACUCACUGUCUCUGAGACAGUGAUCUUUGCCGCGCAGCUAGAGGGCCUGAGCCUCCGUAAAGCUGCCUUGGUGGCAGAGAAGUUGCUGAACCGCUUGAGGUCGGGUGGCGAGCAACGCCGCCUGGCUUUGGCGUGUGCGCUGGCUGGUGAGGAUGAUGCGGCUCAGCUGAAAGCUCUACUGGCGGACGAGCCAACCACCGGAUUGGACACGUUCCAAGCCGCCGAGAUGGUACAGCUCUUGGCUGAGCUGGGUCAGAGUCGCCAGUGCGCUACCAUCAUGACCAUCCAUCAACCGCGAUCUUCGGUGUGGGCCAUGAUCGAAGACGUGCUGCUCUUGGGGCCAGGAGGCCGCGCGGUGUUCUGCGGCAGCCGCACAGAGAUCUUGGAGCAGUUGGCCGCGCUGGGCCACGCCUGUCCGCGCGAAGGGGUGAAUCCUGCUGACUUCAUCAUUGACCUGAUCUCUGUGCAUAGUGAAGGAGCACAGGUUGACGAAGACCAUCGGCGCAUUGCUAGCUUGGCGGAGAACUUGGCGAGAGCCAAACGUGCAGUAGCGAGGCCACCAGGAGCUCCAAGCUUGACACCGCCUGCGCCGCACAGCAGCACAUCACCGUGGCGCGCCUUUCAUCUCUUGGUGCGAAGGGCAUGGCUCCAGACCUCCAGGGACAAGGGCACCAACUUCUCGAGGCUCUUAGCCACUGGUGGACUUGGCUUCAUUUUUGGAGCGCAGUUUGGUUUCUUUGCGCCAGAUGACAUGACAGCUGUGUCUGUGACCUCACGUGUCGGCCUCCUUUCCUUCGGAGCGAUUUCCAUGGCCUUCAUCGGCGAGAUGAGAGCCUUGGACCGUUUCGCCAAGGAGAAGAAGGUGGUGAGCCGCGAACGUGCUUCUGGCUUCUACAGCGGCUUCACGUACCUCUGCGCCAAGGCAGUGGCUGAACUGCCCAGUGAUGCAAUGUUUGCUUGCUUCUUUGCCUUUGUUUUGCAUUGCCGCUGUGGGUUGCGAGUGCCUUUGAACGAACUGAUGGCGGUCUACUGCCUUUUAGCAGUGGUUUGUGCAGCGCUGGGUCUGGCGAUAGGUGCUGCAAUUCCCAACCCGGAGCGUGCCAUGACUGCUGGAAUCCCCAUCAUGACCGUGCACAUGCUAACGGGCGUGAUCGACCCAGCCGGCAGCGCGGCGGCGCAGCCCAGCCCCAGUAUGGUGAUGCUGCGUAGUAUUUCUCCCAUUCGAUAUGCGAUCGAGGCAAAGUGGUCCAGUCGUCCAGCCGUGCUGUCACCACAACGCCUUUUGGAGAUGGCGGGCAACUUCAAUUUGCAGCGGAUCUUGGGGAACAUGCCUGGCAUGGCAGGUGGUGGUGGGCAGCAACAAGAAGACGCAGCGCUGGCAGACACUGCGGAACAGGUCUACAUCUCCUCGCUAGCCUUGCUGAAGAUGCUGAAGCACGGCCGCGCGGGCGUUCCCAUGGAAGUUAUGGGCCUGAUGCUGGGGGAAUUCAUCGAUGACUACACCGUCCGUGUAGUGGACGUGUUCUCCAUGCCUCAGUCAGGCAAUAGUGUCAGUGUUGAGGCUGUAGACCCGGUCUUCCAAGCCAAGAUGUUGGACAUGUUGAAGCAGACUGGGAGGCCUGAAAUGGUGGUGGGCUGGUAUCACUCCCAUCCUGGCUUUGGUUGCUGGUUCUCGGGCACAGACAUCAAUACCCAGCAGAGUUUCGAGCAGCUCAAUCCGCGUGCCGUGGGUGUGGUGGUGGACCCAAUCCAAUCUGUGAAGGGCAAGGUGGUGAUUGACUGCUUCAGACUGAUCAACCACCAGAUGCUCAUGCUCGGUCAGGAACCACGACAGACCACCUCCAACAUCGGCCACCUUAACAAGCCCAGCAUCACCGCGCUGAUCCAUGGUCACUACUAUUCCAUUGCCAUCAACUACCGAAAGAAUGACUUGGAGCAGAAGAUGCUGUUGAACUUGGGAAAGAAGAAGUGGCAGGAGAGGGAUGGCCUGAAGUUGACGGACUUCGAUUCCCAUGAAGGUGACAAUGAAAAGACAGUCAAAGAAAUGCUGGACCUCACAGAGAAGUAUAACAAGAUGAUCCAGGAAGAGUUCAAGAGCACUGAGGAUGAAUUCGUUGUGAACCAGGCAGGGGGAGCAACACAGAAAUGUCUCUGUAAAAGUGCAGAAAAUCUACGUGCCACGCAAUUACAGUGA